AACAUAUUUAUUCCAAAGUCAUUAUUUUACAAGUUUUUACUAUUUCACGCGGUUUGUGGGAUCAAUCAAAAUAGACCUCCGAACUAUACGCGUUUGCGUAUUCAAUUCUCAAAACAACCCCACUCUGUCUUUAAUCGAUUCUCUUUCUUCAUACUAUUUUGAUUUUUUCUUUUAAAUCCGAAAAAUAUGUUGAUAACCAUUUUUCUAUUUGCUCUUCUUUUCAUUCUUAGCUUAAUCUUUGCAUUUUAUAACAUCCCAACAACAACGAAAUUUCUUGCAUGGAUUUUUCAAUCUUUGUCUUACAAAAAUUCAGCAGAAAAGCCCAGCAUAGCCAUGGCAGAUAUUAAAAAGGUCAAGACUGCUUCUGCUAAUAAAAUUGAGAUCAGAAGUGUUUUUGCUACUUUUGACAAGAACAAGGAUGGCUUUAUAACAAAGCAUGAGCUCAAAGAAUCACUCAAGAACAUUGGAAUUUUCGAAGGAGAAAAGCAUGUUGCUGAUAUGUUUGGUAGAGUUGAUGUUAAUGGAGAUGGUUUGAUUGAUUUUGAUGAGUUCUGUGAGCUUUUCGAGUCGAUAUCCGGUACUAAAGACGGAGAAGAAGAGUGCCAUAAAGAAGAAGAUGGAGAUGGAGAUGGAGAUGGUGAUUUGAAAGAGGCUUUCGAUGUGUUUGAUGGGAAUAAAGAUGGGCUAAUAACAGUGGAAGAGUUGGGUAUGGUGCUGUCUUCUUUAGGGUUUACAGAGGGAAAGAAAUUGGAAGAAUGCAAGGAGAUGAUUAAGCAAGUUGACAUGGAUGGGGAUGGUAUGGUCAAUUUUGAGGAGUUCAAACGUAUGAUGAAAGGGGGUGGAAGACUUUUUCCAAUUUCUUGAGUCAAAUUUAAACUCACUGCUCGACUAGACAUGGAAAUGAUUUUCCUUUCCAGUUAAGAGUCUCGAAAAAGUAAGAGUAUCCUCUUAACUUGCCGUCUGUCAAUUCUAUAACUCUCUAGGCUCUAGUUUAAUUUAGGUUUAGUUGUGAUUUCUCAAACUCGUUGCAACAAAUGCAACCAGGCUUGAUUAAUCAUAUAUUGCGUGACUUUUCGAUUAUUUGUAACUUGUUUUAUUACGUUAUUGAUGUUGCUGUCUGCUUGAUCAUCAAUUUGAUGAUCAAUGAUAGAACAUUAGGGCAGUUCUAGCACCCAUAGGCGUGUGUAAUUAUGUUGUUUCAACAUUAUGUCUAAAUGGAUACUUCUUAUGUCUGUAAAUAUUACAGUUUUAUUAUUGGCAGUUGUGGAUCCUAAACUUAGAAGGAUUA